AAUAAGUCGGAGAGGCUACAUUAUUAGCGUUGAAAGUGACGGCAAAAUUGUUUAAAAAUAUAUUUCUUGAAUAAUAAUAAGAAGAAAUGUGGUGAGUAAAGUUAACAAAGAAUUGAAAUUGAAUUGACGGUAAAUCAUCAAAAUACUGUUGUAAUUUCACUGAAAUACAUAAGAUGCGAACAUUGAACUUAAGUUUUGGUGACAAAAUGCCAGUUAAAAAGUAAUAGUAAUGAAAACAAGUUUUACACAUAUGAUCCAGAGUAUUGAAGAAAGGUGUGAAACUGGGAUAUAUCUAUGCUGUCACAUACCACAGGAAAUUGUUAUCAUAACAGUAUAGAGGACCGUGUAUUGUACCUGUACACCAUAGCAUAGGGCCUACUUAUAAGAAACCAUAGACACCAUGUGCUACUUGUAGCUAUUGGGAUUUGUGGAUUCAGUAAUAGUUAUCCGCUCUGAUACUAGUUCUAGUACAAGCAUAGCAUACCAACAAGAAACCUAUUAUUACAUGUUAAUAUUCUUCGCUACCCUCUAAACAUGAUUUAAAUCUAUAUCACUGAUUAUAUUACGAAAAUAACGACAUUUUAAGCCUUACCUUUGAAUUUUCUUUCCAAAAUUGCUGGAAUUCUAAUGGUCACAGUCUUUUCCUUUUCAACAAACUUCAAAUUCUCUUCCAAAAAUUUGCUGAUUCUUACAGUCACAAUCUAUUCCCUUCUGCCUCUAUACAAAUACUGUUGUCGCUGUUCUUUGAACUGUUCCCGUGGUAGCGACUAUGUCUGUAACCGCUACGUUGUGUAUUAUACACAAUCAUGGGCACACAGGCGGGAAGCACCUCAGAUCUUUUCUGUAGAUCUGGGUACUUUUCGUAAACAAGUCUGUGUAUAAUACUUUUCGGACAUUUUCAAAGAUCAGAAGAUUCGAAAGAGCCAAUCUCAGCGCAGGAUAUGAAAGACAAAUGAGUAAGUGAUGUUUGAAUAAAGGCACCGUAUUCAUAUAUCUUUAUGUAUUUGCCUCAACUGAUUUCUCCUCUCGGUACUUCAAGGAAGUCUAAAAAGUAUCCAAUAUAAAGUAGAUCCAUUGCUGUUAUAUGAUAUCAUGGCACCAACUAUGGUUUCAAACUCAUCUUUCAAUUUAAUGACUGCACUUUUCUUAAAAUAUCGGACAGUCAAGGUCAACAUAAAACAAAUCAUACAUUUUCGCAAAACCGAAUAAUAAAAAAGAUUAAAACUUUUUGAUAUAACAAUUUCCAUGUCAACAGUUUAGAAAAACUUCUAAUUUAUAAAUGUGUAUAAAUUAAUUGUAGAUUUUAGGGAAAGGAUGGUAUAAUAGUCAUACAGUUUCUGUAAGGAAAAUAUAAUACUUUUCACUAUCAAUAGUGUGUUUAUUAUUUUUUUUAAGUGAAUAAAAUUUUCUGAAAGAUACAUUUCUAUCAUGCGCAAAGUUUAAUUGGAUGAAAAAAUUUUAUUUUGCAAAAACCCAUGACAUCACAUGAGGAUCGAUCUACAUGAUAGCACAUGCUCAAGCGAAACAAAGCGUUGCUUAACCAUGGCCGGUUGGACUUUGAGUUUGAAGAGGGGAAAUGUUGUCUUCCAGACAUCAAGUGGCAAUUCUUCAACAGUCAGAGAAGUAGUCUGUGGUAAAGAGGAUGAAAACUUAAAGAUUACUAUGAUUCACACAGAUUAUGAAGAAAUGGUAGUCCAUGUUUCAGCAUUAGCUUUCUAUGCCACAGACAACAUGUUCAAGUCAUUGCACGGCCUUAAUAAUGUGGAUUUUGCCAAGGAAUUUGCCAACAUAGCACAACUCAACGGACUUAAACUCAGUAGAACAUCAGUUUCAGAUGCCACACCCACUCGUGUUAAGUCCAAUUUCACGCAUGCCGUCAGUUUCCGAGAGGAAGUGCAGAUACUGAGAAACUUGCACCCAGAGAAGGAUGUGCUGAAAGAAGAUGAGAUGCUGAAUACCGCCCACAAGAUGUGGAGGAGGAAUUCUGAGGAGCAUUUCGAAAUGAAAGCGGGAUCCAUCGGUGGCCUUAUGAAAGAAGCGAUUAGUGUGGCCUGCCUUAGCCAAAGGUGUUUCAGGAAGGCUGAGAAUAUUAUGACGGAAUAUCAGCAAUGGCGAUUAAGGAGGCAGAGUAAUAACAAAGUGAACAGGAUGCUCUUUGUGCAGCUUCCUGGGUUAAGAAAAGAAUCAGAGAUCUUUGACCUACUCUGCCAGUUUGAAGAGAGGGUCUUAACCAAGAAGGAAUUCAACGAAAAACUGAAGGAGGCAAAGAGUAAACCCGAGAAGGAUAUUACCUCUAGAAAAAGACUUGGACCUGAGUUCCACGUGAGAGAACUGAAAGAGAGAAAUGCAGCAUUGGAAGAGAGGAACAUUGCUCUUCGUCGGAGAAUUCUUCAGUUGGAGAAGAAAGUGGAAACUGCUUCAAGUUCAAACAAAAGGAAAAAACAGGACAUCUAUGUAAGAAUAUACAUAUGCUUAUUAGUCAAUCAUGUUUCUCCUUUCUUUUCCAAUCAUUUUUGCCAUUAA